AUGGCGGACAGACAAACACCUUUUUCGAUCAGCCUCUUCGGUAGCCAAGCCGGCGAUGGUCCGCAAGAUGCAGCUGCGCCUUCGCGCGUGCAACAGGCGCUUGUCGACUUUAUCAUGGACUUUACCCUCGAUAAUAUCUUUGUCUACAGAGACCAAAUACGCGAGAACGUUCUCUUGAAGCAGUACUACUGCGAUAUUGAUGUCGCCCAUCUUAUCAGCUAUAGUCCAGAGCUUGCACACGAUCUUAGACAGAACCCAGCAGAAAUCAUACCCCUUUUCGAGUCGGCAUUGAAGUCGUGUACACAGCGCAUCGUUUACCCCUCACAAAAGAACAUUCAGCUCCCAGAACACCAGCUGCUCCUCCACUCAAACGCUUCCGAACUUUCAAUUCGCGACCUGACCGCCACCAACGUUUCCCAACUCGUUCGUAUACCGGGUAUCAUUAUCGGUGCCUCGACGCUCUCGUCCAAAUCCACCGCGUUGGCUAUACGAUGCAGGAAUUGCCAGCAUGAAGAAAUUCUUCCCGUAUCAGGUGGUUUCUCCGGCGUUUCUCUCCCGAGAACAUGUGGCAGAAAGAAGGGAGAGGGCGAGAGCGGGGAACAAUGUCCGCUGGACCCUUACUAUGUCAUGCACGAGCGCUGUCAGUUCAUUGACCAGCAAGUGCUCAAGCUUCAGGAAGCGCCCGAUCAGGUUCCAGUCGGCGAACUGCCGCGACACAUAAUGAUUUCUGCAGAUCGGUAUCUGGCAAAUCGCGUCGUUCCAGGUACACGGUGUUCGGUGAUGGGUGUCUUUUCCAUCUAUCAGCAAAAGGGUUCUAGACGUGCUGGCAACGCGGCGGUAGCCAUCCGCAACCCAUACAUACGAGCUGUCGGCAUUCACGCAGAGGUUGACCACGGCAGCAAAGGCAACGCAGUCUUCACCGAGGAGGAGGAGCAAGAAUUCCUGGAGAUGAGCAGGAGGCCCGACAUCUAUGAAGUCUUCGCUCGUUGCAUCGCACCCUCCAUCUACGGAAACCAGGAUAUCAAGAAAGCUAUCGCUUGUCUACUGAUGGGUGGUGCGAAGAAAAUCCUGCCGGACGGGAUGAAGCUUCGUGGAGAUAUCAACGUACUCCUCCUUGGUGACCCAGGUACUGCCAAAUCCCAACUCUUGAAGUUCGUGGAGAAGGUCUCACCAAUCGCCAUCUACACCUCCGGAAAGGGAUCUUCAGCAGCCGGUUUGACCGCAUCCGUUCAGCGCGACCACAACACGCGGGAGUUCUAUCUCGAGGGCGGUGCUAUGGUUCUAGCCGAUGGCGGCGUAGUGUGCAUUGACGAAUUCGACAAGAUGCGCGACGAAGACCGAGUAGCCAUCCACGAAGCCAUGGAACAACAAACCAUUUCCAUUGCCAAAGCAGGCAUCACCACGAUUCUCAACUCGCGAACCUCAGUACUAGCGGCCGCUAACCCUAUCUUCGGUCGCUAUGACGAUAUGAAGACACCCGGCGAGAACAUUGACUUCCAGACCACCAUCUUGUCGCGUUUCGACAUGAUCUUCAUCGUGCGCGACGAACACGAUCGCGGCCGUGACGAGCGGAUAGCAAAGCACGUCAUGGGUAUUGCGAUGGGCGGUCGGGGUGUCGAAGAGACCGUACAAGCCGAGAUUCCGAUUGAGAAGAUGAAGCGCUACAUCACAUACUGUCGGCAAAAGUGCGCACCGCGUCUUUCGCCUGAGGCAGCAGAGAAGCUUUCCAGUCACUUCGUCAGCAUCAGGCGGCAAGUGCACGCUUCGGAGAUCAACGCGAACCAACGAUCCAGUAUCCCCAUCACCGUUCGUCAAUUAGAAGCCAUCAUCCGUAUCACCGAGUCGCUGGCCAAGUUAUCGCUGUCGCCCAUUGCCGACGAGUCGCAUGUCGACGAGGCAAUUCGCCUCUUCCUUGCUUCUACCAUGGACGCGGUGAACCAGGGCGAGGGUCAGAGCUCGAAGGAGCUCAUGGACGAGGUCAACAAAGUCGAGGAGGAACUCAGACGACGUAUGCCCAUUGGCUGGCAAGUCAACUUAUCAACGCUCAAGCGUGAGAUGGUGGACGGAAAGGGGUACUCUGAGCAGGCACUUGCUCGCGCACUGCACGUUAUGAACGCUCGUGAGACGAUUAGAUGGAGACAUGGUGGUAGUGUAGUGUUCAGGGCGAGUGCAUAG